GCACACUCGGCACAUAUGUUCUUGACGUUUGAUUUCAAUCUCCACGUAGAGCGAUUUGUUUUCCUAUAAUUUUUUGUUUUAUUUUGUUUUUAUUAAUUAAAAAGUGAGAUUACUGGUACGGAUAAUGUGGUAUUAUGAUCUGGUGCAACUGAUAACGUGCAAUUUCGCUAACUCAUUCAAAUGAAACGUUUCACAUUUCUUGUACUUUAUACACUCAUCGUCGAAGCCGAACAGAGCUAAGAACAAAAAAACCAAAUCUACCAGAGAUCUAAGAAUCCACCGAAUCCACACAAAUAAUAAUCAAGCAUGACGAUCGUUCCGGACAUUAUCAUUUGUGCAUUAAUCAUUGGAACACUUGCCAUCAUACACAUUACGACAGUUUUCAUUCGGAAUGUCGUUCUCGAUGGUGCUGAUUCGAAUUUAACACUGUCCCAACUCAUCGAUCAACUGAACAGUGAAUAUGGUUGGACUUUGAAAAUUUUGGUUAAUUUGUUUGGCUAUUCGUGUGUUCUCGUGCCGGGACUGUUAAUAUUUCAAUACACCAAACGGACUCAAUAUCUGGAUCGAUGUGGGAACGGAUUCAUCCCAAAAGCGGUAAAAUUCUGCUUCUCUGGCAUCGAAUUCGACUACAUCGACAGCAGUCAUCUGCCAAAAUCGAUCAACAAUACAGCCGUCAAAGAUUGUGUCCUCGUUUGCUAUUGCUUCGUUGGACUGAUGGGCUCGUAUCUAACGUGGGGACUGUUACAAGAGCGUAUCAUGACACAGUCGUACGUCAAUUCAGAGGGAAAGCACACAUUUUUUAAGGACUCACAGUUUCUGGUGUUCUCCAAUCGGGCGUUGGCUUUCGGCAUAGCAGCCGCUUAUUUAAUGACAAAGAAACAAAGUCGAAACCGUGCACCGCUGUACAAGUACUCAUACGCCUCAUUGUCGAAUAUAAUGAGCACAUGGUUUCAGUACGAGGCAUUGAAAUUUGUCAGCUUUCCCACACAAGUGCUGGCUAAAUCGUGCAAGAUCAUACCGGUAAUGCUCAUGGGUAAAAUAGUGUCCCGCACUAAAUACGAAUUUCACGAAUAUUUUACGGCUGUUCUCAUAUCGGUGGGCAUGAUCUUUUUUCUGAUGGGCAGUGCGACGGGUGCGCCUGGUUCGUCGAUAACGACCAUAACGGGAGUAUUAUUUCUGUGUCUGUACAUGACAUUCGACAGUUUUACGUCAAAUUGGCAGGGCGAUUUAUUUAAAACCUACAAAAUGACAUCGAUGGAAAUGAUGUGCGGAGUGAAUCUGUUCAGCACAUUGUUCACGGCAGCUUCACUAUCCAUCCAGGGUGGAUUUAUGGAAUCGUUGGACUUUGCUACGGAACAUAAGAAAUUUGUUUUCGAUUGUGUGAUAUUGUCGAUUAGUUCGGCCGUUGGGCAAUUGUUUAUAUUCUACACUAUAGCCACAUUUGGCCCGGUGGUGUUUACGAUCAUCAUGACUGUGCGGCAGGCAACUGCUAUUAUCCUGUCCUGCAUCGUGUACGACCAUCAUAUAUCAAAUGUUGGUAUCUUCGGUGUGAUGAUAUUCUUUUUUGCAAUAUUUCUACGUGUCUACAGUCAGCAUCGCAUGCAAGCUAUCCGAAAACGCGCCGAAGCAGCUAAAUUACGAAUGAACACUUAAAGUUUAAAUUAGAUUUUUAAAACAGAAUUAAAGUAAGAAAUUGUGUCUCGAUGUUAUGUGAUGUGGUUGUAAACGUAAUGGUUAAAGGAAAUGACCAAAGCUUUGAGUGGAAAAAAGAAUCUGAAUAUUCUGGCGAUGCUUAACAUUUAGCUUAACACAAAAAAGGUUUCCUGAAUAGAGUCUAUUUUUGAGAGUGUGUAUUCCGUACGCACACUUUUCGUUUAAGCUUUUUAAUGACAAAAAUUGAUGUAAGAAUUUAGUUUAUAAAUUUCUUCUGACUGUGUGUCUUGAUGUACAGAUAUAAUGUAUGUUGCUUAUUUGUUACACUGAGUGAUUGUAUAAAUUAUUAUUGAUUUAGCGCUUAAUAAAUGUGGCAACAUUUUGUUUAA